AGAGAAAACAGCGCCACGUCGGCAAAGAGAGAGAGAGAGAGAGAGAGAGACUCCCGAGUGUUUAAUGGAAUAACUCGGUGAGUCGGUUUAGAUGAAUCGGACGGACUGCACGCUGACCCUCAGAGGAUCCGCUCCAUAAAGCUGCAGGAACUAUGGUGAAGAGUGUAAACAGUGAGGCGCAGCACAGCGUCAGUGCACUAGAGCGAGACACACAUGAACCUGGGACCGAAAAUACCACAGAUGACAGUAAGGAGCGUGUUGCCACGGCACCCGGAGUCCUGUGGCGUGUCACCGGGGGUGUCUUCAAUGUCACCAAGGGUGUCGUCGGGGCAACCGUAGGAGGAGUCACCUGGUUGGGCGGGAAAGGCCUGGAGAUCACCAAAUCGGCCGUCGGCGCCGUGCCUUCUGUGGGUGUCGGACUAGUGAAGGGCGGAGUCUUGGCAGUCACAGGGGGCGUGUCCACGGUGGCCAGUAAAGUUCCAUUUACAGGCAAGAGGAAGGACAAAGCGGAGUGAGGACGAAGGCGAGGAGAAACGAUGGACUGAGACGUGCAGGACAAACACUAAAUCUGUGUUACUUCACCCACACAGACGUUAUCGCUUCAUUAUUUUUAUUCUUUCUGACUUUGAGCUUUAACAUGCUGGUGUUGUUUCACUUCCUGUUACUGACAGAGUCUGUCUGUGAAGAGUGUGUGUGUGUGUGUGUGUGUGUGUGUGUGUUCAGGUUGGAUGUUGCUGUCUCUUCCAGACUGUAAUAAAUCUUUAAAUGACUUUAAUAGAAA